GCGGCAUCUAGCGUCAGUGGAAAUGUUUUUCUUCUUUUUUUCACAAGUGAAACCAACAUCCUUCCAGUUUUAAAGGUGAAAAAUGUUUGAUGAAAAACAACUAUUAAGAGCUGUCGAAAGAGGGACACUGGACGAGAUUCGGAAUGUUUUAAAGGGAGAGGACAGUGGAUGCACGUCAUGUAUUGGCACUGUCUGUUUAUGCAGGGCAUGUGCAAUGAACCGCAAAGAUAUCGUGGAACUUCUGUUACAGUAUGGUGCAAAGCCAAACUACCAACCCUGCAACCUACACGUUCUUCCACCUGUUUAUAAGACUUGCGGUAUGCACCCAGAACGAGGUUGUGACAACAACUAUUGGCAAGCAAUACAACUUGUUAAUGUAAAUGAGAAUAGGCAUACACCACCAGUUAAUACAGGUAACUCCUAUAUCCCACAAAGAAGGCCUAUUAGUGACAGUGGUAAUCCCGUAGCAAACUCUUGUUGUUCAUGUCCUAGAAACAUAGUCAUAGGUUUUCGUUGUCUUCAGUUACCACUCAUCGUUGCUUGCAGCACUAGAAGAAUCGAUUUGAAUAUCGUUAGACAACUUGUUGAUUCAGGAGCAUCUGUAAAUGCAAAGGAUGCCAGUGGACUGACGGCACUUCAUGCUGCCGCCGAAUCGCAGGGUAAAGCCAUUGUAGGAUAUCUACUGGAGCACGGUGCACAGGUGGACGGUGUGAGCGACUUCCAGGGGAAAACUGCCCUGACCAUUGCGUGUGCCAUCUCCAAAGAUCCACAAGUUAUUCAGAUCCUCUUGGCAGCUGGCAGUGAUGUCAAUGCCAUGGGUAUGCUUGGUCAACGGCCACUGUACGAAGCCAUUCUGAAUCCGUUCAUAGGACAGGAAGCGGUGCAAAUUCUGCUUGACGCAGGCGCAGAUGUACAGCAGGACUACUACAUGAUGACUGCGACGAUAGAAGGAUCACGUUCGGUAAUGGAGACUUUACACAGACACGGCGCCCUAAUAGAUCCAGCGUUUGUAGGGAAAAGCGCUCUUCAUGCCGCCUGCAAACGUACGUCAGUAUCUGCAGACCGUGUGCUCACGCUUCUGACGUGGGGAGCAGACGUCAACCGAUUGUGUCCAUUCGGUCUGCGACCCCUGGAGUAUGCCUGUAGGGAUUUCCAGUUGGAAAAGGUUCGUAUCCUGAUGGGAUGGGGUGCAGAUCUGAACCUCUUAGGAUGUCUCACCGGUUCCAGUUGGUCGUGGCAUCUCGACUGGUGUAACCAGUACAUUGCCAUGAUGAAGCUGCUGGUUGCUGGUGGAAUGCGUGUGGACAACAGUUUGUGUGACGCUCUUGUAGCGUGUGUCGGCAAGCUACCCGGAAGGAAAGGAUUUAGGGCAAAAGUAAUCAGCUUUCUGAAGAGUCUUACACAAAAUCCACCAAAAUUAUCCCACCUUUGCCGUCUUACGCUCAGAAGUUGUUUAUCUCCCCGGAUUGACGAAAAUGUGCAAACACUCGACAUGCUACCCGAAAGCGUCCGAUACUUUCUUUGUCUCAACGAAUUAAUAGGUGCUUCCAACAGCGAUCCAUCAAAACGAAAGACACUGAUACCACAGUCAUUUGAUACUUAGUGUCCAUGAUAUCUAUCCAUGUUUAUGCACUAAUUGUAAUAGUGGUGGUUUAAAGUGCUUCCGAUGGCAAGUAACUAAUACAGUGCUAAUGGAAAUAAAUAUAUUGUCCCACAGGGAACGCCUUUUUUUCAUACUAUGGAAUUUACUACAAGUUAUUUAUUUCUGUGCCGAUUGUUUUCUAAACUGCACACAAAAAUAGUAUUUUUAAACAAUUAUUUCCAAAACACUUUUACUUUUUUUCUUACGUCAAACCAAACUGAAAUUAUUUAAAAAGGAAAAACAUUUCUGUAGGAUGAUGGGACGAACUAUAUGCUCUUUCUAUUAACAAUGCUCGUUAACUUCUGUUGAGGUAGCACUCUAUAAUAUCAUAUAACAUCCGAUUUGCGUCAAGGUUCGAAAUGCACUUUAUAAUAGAGCAGUUAAUACCGCCAAUAUUGCUAAUAAAAUUUAAUGUGCUAAUAAAUGUGCCACUCUUUCACUCUAUUAGAUUUAACAAAUAUUUUUUAUUAUUUCAGGGCUGUUUUGAUGUAGCUUAUUAUGUUCGUGUUUCUGUUGAUGGUUCGAUAUCUUGUUAUGUUAUGUGUAUAAACUGAAUAAAUGUACCCGUCCUUA